AUGGAGUCAACGGGCAAGUCCCUAAGGUACGUGUUAGCUAGUCUGGGGAGACCCAGUUAUCAUGCGGAGUCAAUCACUUUGACUGGUCAGCAGAGUGGCAUGGAGACCGUCCCAAUUGUUGUAUGGGUGACGGAUCUUCUUCUCUGUGCUGGUUCCGCAAUUGUGCAGGGAAUGGAUCAGACCGCAGUGAACGGAGCACAAGAGUACUACUUUGAGGAGUUCAACCUCACCAAUCCCUGGAUGCAAGGCCUGGUAAAUGGCGCUCCAUAUCUUUGUUCGGCUGUUAUCGGUUGUUGGACUACCGCUCCGCUCAAUCGCUGGUUUGGACGACGCGGUUGUAUCUUUAUCUCUUGCUUCAUCUCGUUUGCUUCCUCUUUCUGGAUGGCAGCCGCACACACCUGGUGGAACCUCCUGCUGGGUCGCUUCUUGCUAGGCUUUGCGGUGGGUGCGAAGUCAACGACUACCCCAGUCUACGGCGCUGAAUGUGCGCCCGCUAAUAUACGUGGGGCCCUGGUGAUGAUGUGGCAGAUGUGGACCGCAUUUGGCAUCAUGCUGGGCUAUAUCGCUUCUGUCGCGUUCAUGAAAGUGACUCAUCCAACCAUCCCGGGUUUCAACUGGAGGCUUAUGCUGGGGUCGACCGCCAUUCCCCCGUUCUUUGUUUGUAUCCAGGUCUAUAUGUGCCCCGAGUCACCCCGAUGGUACAUGAUCCGGGACCGCUACCAGGACGCGUACAACGCACUUUGCAAGCUGCGCCCAUCGGAAUUUCAGGCUGCGAGGGACCUUUACUACAUUCACUCUGCCUUGAAAGUGGAAGAGAAGCUCCGGCAAGGCAAACAUCUCUGGCGCGAGAUGUUCACCGUCCCCCGUAACCGGCGCGCCGCCCAAUCUUCUUUCUUCGUCAUGUUCAUGCAACAGUUCUGCGGUGUGAACGCUAUAAUGUACUAUUCUUCUUCAAUGUUUCGGGAUGCCGGGUUUGAUCUCCAAACGGCACUCGUUGUGUCCCUCGGAUGCGGCAUCACGAACUGGAUUUUUGCUCUUCCGGCGGUGUAUACAAUCGAUACCUUCGGUCGGCGCAACCUUCUCCUGACCACGUUCCCUCUGAUGUGCCUGUUCCUGCUCUUUACCGGUUUUUCGUUCUACAUUCCGGAUCAGGCUCCCCGAACGGCCUGCGUCGCAACCGGGAUCUACCUGUACAUGAUUGUUUACUCGCCGGGCGAGGGACCUGUGCCUUUCACAUACUCGGCCGAAGCAUUUCCAUUGUACAUCCGUGACAUCGGCAUGUCAUUUGCGACCGCCACGACUUGGGGCUUCAAUUUUAUCGUGUCGCUCACGUGGCUCCCGCUGCGGGAUGCAUUCAGCGUCCAAGGAGCGUUCGGGUGGUAUGCCGCAUGGAAUUUCUUCGGUUGGGUUUUCUGCUAUUUUUGCCUGCCGGAAACCAAGGCGCUCUCUCUGGAAGAAUUGGAUCAGGUCUUUUCCGUGCCCACUCGCAAGCAUAUCAAUCACUAUCGUGGCAUGAUGCCAUGUGUAUCCAUCCACCUCAUUCUCCGCUUCUUCACCCGGUUUUUUCUUUGUUAG